AUGUCCUCGAUGACUCAGCAACUUGCUCCUGAGCGGCCAAUGUUUACAUGGGGAGGUUGGAGGGGAAGUACGUUGACAGGACAGUUUGCAGGAGAUUUAGGUGCUGCAGCUGUGUCGGCGACGUUGAUAUCACCUGUUCUCACAGCAAUUGAUCGCGCGGUUGUAGAGAAUGCAGCUCGACCAGGCCAGAACCCACUUGCUCAGGCCUUGAAGACGAACAUCCUCUGUUCAUUCAAGCAUCCAAGGCGUUUCUUUGGCACGAAAUCAUUCCUUAUUAUCUGGACACUAUAUGCAGCGACAUAUACAACAGCAAACACAGUUGAAACCACAGCGAGGCACUUGACUCAAAAAGCUGAUGAUCUCUUUGUGCAAUCUGUUACGUUCCUAUCGACGAUCACAGUCAACGUACCACUUGGAGUCUGGAAAGAUGUACGAUUCGUUCAGAUGUUCGGCAGGCCUUCAGUGCCGGUUGCUGCUCAGACAAAAGGUGCGAAGGUCCCACCUCCACCGGUUCCGCGACUGAAGUUUCCUAGGACAGUGGCAGCAACCUUCCUCAUUCGCGACGCAAUCACCAUCUUUGGAGCUGUCAAUUUGCCUCCGAUGAUUGCGUCGUCACUGCCAGAAGACACGUUCGCCAAUCCAAUACUCAAGAUGGCGACAAUGCAACUUCUGGUUCCAGUGUUCUCCCAGGUCUUUGCCACGCCGAUCCACCUUCUGGGACUGGACAUGUACAGCCAUCCAGAUAGCGCGGUACGAAUGGCGAGGAUCAGACAGAACCUCGGAGCAACGACGUUGGUCAGGUGUGCCAGGAUUAUUCCGGCAUUUGGUGUCGGACUUAUUGCAAACACUGGACUACGGGACUACUUCCAUGAGAAGGCCGGGUAA